AUGGAAAAGAAGAGGAGAAAUCAGUUAGAUCAGGAACGACAUAAGAAUAAGAGAGAAAAGGAAUCUGACAUGGAAAAGAAGAGGAGAAAUCAGUUAGAUCAGGAACGACAUAAGAAUAAGAGAGAAAAGGAAUCUGACAUGGAAAAGAAGAGGAGAAAUCAGUUAGAUCAGGAACGACUAAAGAGGAAGAGAGAAAAGGCAUCCGACAUGGAAAAGAAGGGCAGAAGUCUGUUAGAACGGGAACGACUCAAGAGAAAGAGAGAAAAGGAAUCUUACAUGGAAAAGAAGCGGAUAAAUCAGUUAGAUCAGGAACGACUGAAGAGGAAGAGAGAAAAGGCAUCCGACAUGGAAAAGAAGGACAGAAGUCUGUUAGAACGGGAACGACUGAAGAGAAAGAGAGAAAAGGAAUCUGACAUGGAAAAGAAGCGGAGAAAUCAGUUGGAUCAGGAACGACUGAAGAGGAAGAGAGAAAAGGAAUCUGAAACGGAAAAGAAAAGAAAGCAGAUUAUUGAUAAGUCAUUACAUGCAGAAACAAGACACCCAAAGUCUAUUGAUAAGGCAAACAAACAGUUCUUGAAGGAGAUACAGAAAAGCCCAGAUUAUACGUGCACAGUGUGUCAUAGAAUGAUGUAUAACGAAAAUGUUAUUCAGUUUAGACCCAGCAGCUUCAGAAAUUCUGACUUGGCAGAUUUCUGCAGAACUCACCUCAAAACUGUGUCAGAUAAAGAGUGGCUAUGUACAACCUGCCAGAGGCACUUAAGAAAAGGAUCAACUCCACCACAAGCCCAAGUGAACAAGAUGGCAUUGCCCGAACAGCCCUCCAUUGUAGAUGAACUUACUGAUUUUGAAGCCAGAUUGGUUGCCAAGAGGAUACCCUUUAUGAAAAUUACUGCUUUACCAAGAGGAAAACAACAGGGUAUCAUUGGUUCAGUGGUCAAUGUGCCAUCAGAUGUUGAUGAGACAUGUAAAUUCUGCCAAGAACUCCAAUAUCGGCUGGUAUCAUCCCUGUCAAACUGA